UGAGGGCAUUGGCUAUCAUUGAUUACUAUUUGAUAUUCAACUUUUAAUAAAUCGCAAAGUACUUAUGGUAGUUAACAGCGGAUAAUGUGUUCCUCCGCAUAUAUUAAAUGGGUAUAAAACAAGCAAUAGAGUCCCAGGCUAUCCGCAGUCUGUCUUCCGUACCGCUGAAGUCACCGAUACAGCCAUUAGCCGAGUUUCAGGGAACUUUCAGUCAUGGUCAUGUCAACGGUGGGUUUUGGAAUGACCGUUUGGUCAGCACUGAUCGUCGUAGCGGCGCCCAAACCAAUGAACAUCGGUCUGGUGGAAACAGGAGAGGCAAGCCGCCUGAGGAACAAGGUUGCACAAGGAGAGAGCAAAGUACCUUUAUCAAAAACCGUGUUCGGGAUCACAGAUCAAGAAAUGGAACAAGUGAAACUGAUCAAGAAGGAUAUCGACAACAUUGCCAUGAAGAUCCACAAAAGACCAGUGCAGGUGCAGAAAACAUCCAAAGAACCGGACAACGUGCUGGGUGACAUUGCUUACACCGCGGUCCAGCUAGCGGCUAUCAAGAGGCAGUUAACGGGACACGGACAGAGGCGAAGGCGAGGCAUUUCAUUGGUUCACAAUCGCUGGCCACUGGGGAAGCCGAUACCAUACACCUUUGACGAGACGUCUAAAAGGCCUAUUCCUACAGCCCAACGUGACGUAGUGAGGGCCGCCCUAGCUGCGUGGGAGGAGGCCACGUGCAUUCGAUUCCAAUAUUUCCUUCCCUCCAGCCUUCCUGACAGCACCUACCUGAACUUCACUGGAGCUUGGGAUGGAUGCUGGUCAUACGUUGGGAUGCUGUACCACACCCCCGGCUAUCCCCGCUCACAACCCGUCAACCUCGACCCUUCUUGCUUUGAUGUGCUCUUGGGGGUGGGUCGUAUCGUCCACGAGGUGGGUCACGCCCUGGGGCUGUGGCACGAGCACACCAGGUAUGACAGAGACAAGCACGUGGUUAUCAACUGGGACGCCAUCAAAGCUGGGAUGGAAGGGAAUUUCGCCAAACAAGAAGGUGACAAUAAGGGAACGCCUUACGACUAUGGAUCCAUUAUGCAUUAUGUUCCUACUUCUUUUGCCAAUACGACAGUCAGCUCAACUACAAUCGAGCCGAUGGAAAGCGUGUACAAGAACAGUAUGGGACAGAGGUUCAAACUGGCAUUUGGCGAUAUAAAGGUCAUCAAUGCAGUUUAUUGUGCCGACACUUGUAACGGAAUCCCAGCACCAACAUGCAAAAAUGGCGGCUACCAGGACCCCGUGAAAUGCAAUGAGUGCAAGUGCCCGGAUGGUUUAAAGGGAUCUGCUUACUGUGCAGAACCCGCACCACAUAAGAUGGAUGUUUGCGGAUGGAAAAUAACAUUAACAAAUGUACCAGAGAUGACGACAAUAGAGUCUCCUAACAGCGCCCUGGUCUAUCAAACCUAUAAAGAAUUCCAGGAAUGCAACUGGCUGAUACAGUCACCUCCUGGUAGCAAAAUUCUGUUUGAAUUCGUACCCAAAAUUCCUACGUAUUACGCCAUGGCAUUAACGCACUACGUAUCCGGCCUGUGUAUAGACUACGUGGAGAUUAAACAUACGCUCGACUUCGGUCGAACUGGGCAAAGAUUUUGCGGCUUUUACCAUACUCUGACAUUCCCUGCCAUAAUCUCGGAGUCGAAUCAAGCACUGGUCCUCUUCCGGGCCAACUAUCCAUAUAACUUUUCCAACAAGCUCGGAUUCAAGUUACAUGUACAGAGCGUGCCGUCGUAG